CCCGCCUUUUCUGAGAAGGACGUAACUGUUGUCUUUGUUCUCGGUGGUCCUGGUGCUGGAAAGGGUACUCAGUGUGAGAAUCUUACAAAGGAUUAUGGAUUUGUUCACUUGUCAGCUGGUGAUUUAUUGCGCGAGGAACAGAAGCGUCCUGGAUCCAAGUACGGAGAGUUGAUCAACCAUUACAUCCGUGAGGGCCUUAUUGUUCCUAUGGAAGUUACUAUUGCUUUGUUGCAGCAGGCAAUGACUGAGGCUAUUGCUGCCAAUAAGGGCACCCGUUUCCUUAUUGACGGUUUCCCUCGCAAAAUGGACCAGGCUAUCAAGUUCGAAGAAGUGGUUGUUCCUUCCAAGAUGGUUUUGUACUUUGAGUGCCCCGAAGAAGUUAUGCUUAAGCGACUUAUGAAGCGUGGAGAGAGCUCCGGUCGCGUAGACGACAACAUUGAGUCCAUCCAGAAGAGAUUCAGAGUUUUCAAGGAUACCAGCUUCCCUGUAAUCGAAGCAUUCGAGAAGCAGAACAAGGUUCAAACAGUUACUUGCGACCAAUCAGUCGAAGAUGUCUACAAAAACGUAAAGAGAAUCUUUGACACCUUGUUCUCAGAAGAUUCCCAGUAA